CAAGAGCCAAGAGCCAAGAACCAAGACGCCAAAUCGCUUCCCAGAGAUCAGCAAAACCGCUCCCCUUGAAGUCUUCCUCGAUAUCGACCAACUCGAAGUGACCUGUAUCAUCCUCAACGCCUUCCCCUCCAAGACCCGUCUCCAGUCGCUCGCCACAAGACCUUGCCGCCUCCCAAGCGCUGAACUGCAUUCUGUCCUAUUUGCCGCCCGCUCUCAGAGACACACUCCCCCACCGUCACACAGAGUAUUAUUCUCGAUCCCCUUUUCUCCUGCCUGCCAUCAUUCCACCCGUCAAUAUGCCAGUCUCGACCGAGCCCGCUUCCACUACGUCGGCCUCACCUACGACUGUCAUCAUGCAGUCCAACCCAAUCCAGCCUGCUCUUCUACCCGAUCCGCAGCAAGGUGAGCAGGCCAUAGUCGCCUGGCUCGCAAAGCUCAGUGACUUUUGCCACAACCGUCUGCCGGAGCAUCAGCACGAGGAGCGGCCCGAAACGAGCUUUUAUACGUUCUCCAGCAAAGAGGCCGAUGCCAUCAAGCUCCUGCUCGCUUCCUUGAACUGUGACGGAGACAGUAAAGCCGACAAGCGUGUCAUCAAAUGGUAUCCAAACUACGGGUGCUUCCUCAUCCGGGAGCGUCGUGACGGCGUCGUCGUCCUGUUGACGCUCGUCAGCCUCGACGGAUGGACCCUUGAGAGCUCGACCGGUGGUAGUGCUGCCCGUUCCCUCUCCGAAGCUGCAGCAGGUACAUUCAGUCUCAUGUCCUGCGGCCUGGUGCCGGCCGGAAUCGUCACCAACUUGUUGAGUCAAGUCGAUACGUUGCUUAGCAACGCUCACAGUUCUCAAUCGGAGUUGGGCAAGCAUCUGAGCAAAAUCCCUCGCUUCUCUCCCUCCGUGGUUCAUCUUGCCAUCAAGAUCGCGAUCGUGAAGGAAGGUAAAAUCUCCGACAACGAACCGACCUACCAAGGCGGAACCACGGACAUUGGCAAGACCCCAGAUCACCGCCCAAGUCGCGAGACAGCUUUCCCGUUGGUGUAUGUUGCCUGCAUCAACAUCGUUAAAAACGUAAUCUUGGCACAGCGCGUCUUUUUCCAUAUUCAUAUCCACGAUAUCGACCAAGAGAUCGGCGCAAUCGAGGGCCGUCCCGAAACCGGAGCGCUUCGCAGCAGCGUCGACCGUAUCUUCCAUGCCCUCGAGCGAGUUGCCGAGACUCUCUUUGAUUAUCAGCAGCUCGGGCUCGAUAUCAAGCCCGGAGUCGACCGUGUGUCGGCCAUGCGCGGCAGACUCGAUGCCGUAAUGGACUCGUUUGGAAAGACUCUCGAAGCACGCUACAAAUUCGAUGUUCAGUCUCUCGUGUCCAUCACCAAGCAGUCGGAGCUCCGGAACUUUCAAACCAUCACGCGCGCCGUCGCCGACGACGACGCUGAUCCCAGGGCCGCCGACCAUGCCGCCAUCGCCCAGGCCGUUCGAAAGCGUGCCCUUGAGGAGAUCGAGGUCAUUACUCCCUUUUACAUGCCCGGGGCCGACCUCCGACGCAUGUUCAGAAAUGUGCUCAGUUGGAUCCAACGAGUCAAGGGCAGCGGCACCUCCAUUUCCUACAUCAUGGCUCACAUUGAGCACUUCAUGAUGGCCCAAGCGAGGCUCCUUAAAGAGCCUGUCGUCCCAGACGAGUGGAUCGAGGAAGAAGGAGAGGCGCUCCGGUCCCUCAUGGAGGAGUACCAAGCUCUCUAUGCCCAGCGCAGCGCCUUGGCCGACUUUGCCCACCUCCUGUUGCCGCGCCAGAGGAGUCUCCGAGUGCUGGUGACCUGGAUUGCAUUUGCAAUGUUCCACAAGGCCGGGCUCCAGAUCUGUCCGCUGCUGUCUGGCUAUGGAGUGGCGAUCGACUACCACGACCUGCGUGUGCUGGUUCUGGACCAAGACCACGCCCUCGAAGCCCUCGCCCUGGUGACGGAGUACCUGCGAAGUCACGACAUCCCGGAGCGACGGGUCUUUUCGACCCGCCAUCGAGACGACCAGGCGAACAACAACGCCUUUGCCGUCGAGUUUUCUCGCACCUCGAAUGAGAUCCAGGCCUUUUGGAAGCACGAGUGCGACCAGGCCAGCCAGCGUGCUGCCCAGCACUAUGAAGAGGUCCGGAAAAAGGUAAACGAGGCCAACCGCAUCCGCGAGAAGAUCACCUCCACCUCCAGUCGGCUGGCCGAGGCCGAGGAGAUACCCUACGGCAUGAGAACCCACAGCGACGACAACCGCAUCUCGAGCUUGAGUGGCAAUCUCUCGCGGCUACGCAGCGACUUGAACGAGACCCUCAAGACCCCCAGGUCGGUCAUCAACCCGUUCCCUUCUCGCGAGGAUCUGGCCUUGCCGAUCAUAUUCAACUAUUUGAUGCCCAGGUAUCUCGUGAGACUUGCCGAAGCCGGGUUCAUUGCUCAAAAUACCUUGCGCCCAGAAAAUAGCCAGAUCUCUGGAGAUAACAGGAACUUGGUUGAGAUGGAGUGCAAAUUGAGCGAUCAUACAAGUUGGACAUACCACACCAACUCUCGCUCCAAUCGGGCCGCCCAUCUCCCGGGUCUGCCGCGCGUCGUCUAUGCUGCAACUUCGACUAUCCAACCUCCCAAGAAAGUCGGUCCGGCCUCGGUCGACUCGAUUCACUCCCCAGGCCAGUGCUCGUGGUUCCCUGAGCAAGAGACGGUUCUCAUGUGGCGCAACGGCAACCCCUUUGGCCUUUCCAGACACAGCAUCACAAUGGGAUUCAUUGAUGGUAUUGGCCGAGACAUGUCCUGCUUCAGCUGGAUGAUCAGCUACCCUGCUGACCCGAAUGCUCAGAAGGAAUGCGCGCGCGGAAACUAUGCGGUCGCCGAGCUUCACAAGCGUCCCGUAUCCUUGGAGAAGCGCUCGUUCCUUGCGAUGGGAGGCUUGCGGUCGUACCCGCACCAGCAAUUCCGCAAGCUGUUCUUGGCCCUGUCGGACCGAGUCAUGCCCUUGGACAACGAGGCCGCCCAAAGGCUCAUUCGUCAGACGAUCUACCAGGUCGGCGAGCUCUCCAACCACAUUGCCCCCGAAAUGGUGUGGCGCCGCGAUCUCGUCGAUAACCAGGGCCUGGGCGGAUUUCGCCAAGUCUUGGCCGACUAUGUCGAGGAGAUUGCCGAGAAGCCCCGGGACCACCAGAAGAUCUUGAUCCUGGGUGAGAUAUCGGCAUAUCUGUCCAACUUUGACGAUGCCUUCUGCGACCUGUGUCGGCAGUUUGGUUCCAUUGCCGGCGACUGGGCCAACCAAGCCAAAGACAUGUUCGAGUCAGAGACCUCGACUUCGCUGGCUGUGCUGAACGAACACCAGGGCAGAGAGAGCUUGAUGCUCUGCUAUGCGAUCUUGUGCUCGGUCCUUGGCCGGAUCGCCUCGGUGGAUAUCAAGAACUACUGCCGGUGGGUCGUCCGGCUGUAUUACUGCUCCAUCUUUGUGGAGAACGCCAAGGUUGAAAACGCCGCGGCAAUCCGCAAGCUCAAGACGCAGUGUCGAGAGGCUAUCAGCCGCCGACUGCUCGCCAUCAGUGACCUGGUCAAUGCAAGGCGCAACGAAGCCUUGACCUAUGCCGUCCAGUCCGUUUUUGAGAAUGCCCCCGAUGAUCUCGACUGGAGGGCUGUCCCGGACAGCGUCGCUUGCUUUGAGGCGGCCCACCAGAGGGACCACUACGCCGUCAAUAUCUUCACCGGCCGCGUUGUCCUCAACGGCAAUCCACCCGGGCGACUUCCCAAGGCCGUUCUCAACGACGACCUCUACAGGCGCUCCUUUGGCAACCGCGACUUUGAGGUCGGUGUCGAUGCAACCGGCCAAGUCUAUCGCUCUGUUCGUACCGUCCACGGACGCUUCUAUGCGUUCGAGCUCAUGCAUACGGGGGUUGCAAUUUACGAAAUCAAGCCGGAUCGAUGCUGCGAAGGGCCUGCGGUUGAAGCCAAUGGGUCGGCCGAAUGGAUCGCCCGGCGUGCGGCCAUCAAUGCUCCUCCCGCCGACCAGGUCCUUCAGCUCAUCGACCCCUCAGCGUCAAGGUCAUGGACAACCACGCUGCCGGUUCGCAUGCUCUCAGGCCACAGCUUCUGGCGCCAUCGAGAGUCCGACUCUGUUCUGGCCAGAGGCGUUCCCUUUGAGGACAGAAAUGUGAGCUUCCUGGCCAAGCCAGAGGGUUGCUUCGUUGUUCCAAGACACGACAAGGCAAAGCCGCUCGCCGAGCUCCUGGAGCUUCAUACAGCCUUCGAUAGGCUUAUCAGCCCCCCUGCGAAUGUGUUGCACACCUUGGCCAAGUUUGAAGACCCCAAGUUCAUCCAUGGUCACAUAUCGCCUGACCACCAGACGAUUCGCAUCAUCAUGCCGCGUCCCGGAGUCUCCUUCACGCUGCGUGACGAUGUACUGGUAUCGGACGCAUACAAGGGCUACAAGCUUGCCGAGCAGCAGCAGUUUGGCGAUCUGAUCCCGAGCUUCCAGCAGUACCUGGUGCUCGAGCGCAUGGCCAAGUAUGGCGUGGGGCCUCGGUACAAGUGGAUCGUUCCCCUCGGCGCUGUGUGCAUCGAAGGCGAUGUGGUCCGCAUCCAAGUCGUGGACAAAAGCUUGGGCACCAUCAAUUGCACAGACUUUGAUGAGCACCAUCGAUUUGGGUUGUUGCAGGCCAGCACCAUCAAUUCCCGCAUUCAACUCGCAGCCAUCUUUGCGGCCGCGGGAACUGCCCUGCCCGAGCCGAGGAUCCAUAUGACUGGGGCAGAAUAUGCAGCGAGGCUGCUGCGUGGAUGCAUUACCAACAACCCCCUGACCCGAAGCGAAGUCGCCAUGAUCCAGUCGAUCGUCGACGUUGCCAGACCCUGGCCCUUCUUGGUUCUGCUGUGCGACCACUUGCUCGUUGUCUCGAGCAGGGUCAGCAUGCUUUAUCAAAAGUAUGCGUCCAAAUCCUCCAUCGAUCACGAUGAUCGACCCGCGGGCUACUAUGAGAUCAUUGGGAGAACCUUUGCCCAGGUCCAGGAAGCCCAGACGGCAUACGAACACCAGGUGCGCUCGGCCCGUGUAUACAACACCAUGAGGAGGGCCCUGACCCUGACUGAAUUUGGGUUUGAUCUCCUCGAUGAGCCUCGGCAUCUGGACGCCGGCCGCGACCGAGUCAUCGACCGCUCUCCGGAUGACCAGGACCGAAUGUACUUUGAGUACAUCGCCUCGAUUCUGGCCAGCUACGUCCAAGAGCGCCCGUGUCAACGUGCCAACGAAAUCUAUCCUUUGGACGCUCAUGGCACCAACUCGAUUGAAAACAGGAUUCUCUCGGAGCUGGAGACCAGCUGGACGAGGUACAUGUCGCGCCGCGAUGUCGUUGCCCGAGCCGAGGCCGAUGAGCUCCUCAGGGAGUUUAUUGCCAGUACACUGCUCCCCCAGGUCACCAAACGCCGCGAGGAUGUCGAAGCCUUGGUGUGGUCCCACACCACCCAUCGGGUCUGCCACGGAUCCGUAGUUUUGGAGCUGUGCAAGGCCGUCAAUUGGAUCCCGGCGGCGACAUUGGCGGAUCUGGUGCGGGCUUCGUUCGACAGGGUCACGCUGGAGCGCCUUGCCCCAACCCUCACACCCGAGUCGGUCGACCUGCUCCAGUCCUGGAUCGUUUUCGGCAUGAAGCUCAGUGUCCUCGAAGACAAGCUCAAUCGACUGCUCGUUUGCGACCGAUCCCACCUUGGACAGGAGCUGAUAUAUAUCCAGCACCCCAUCAAGGACUGCAAUCGGAUGUGGCUGGCCUUUGAGGUCGAGCAAGGCAUUCAGAUCCGCCGAGAGCAGUAUCAAAUGGCAAAGCAUUUGAUCGAGAACCCCGGGUCGAUCUCCCAGCUCAACAUGGGCCUCGGUAAAACGCGGGUCAUCGUGCCGAUGAUGAUCCUCUACUGGAGCGCCCACGCCAGGGAGACUCUGAGGGUCUAUGUCCUCAGGGCGCUUCUGUCUGAGGUCCGCAAGUACUUGCACCGGACCCUUUCAGCAAGCUCGGUGUUUUGCAUCGGCAUUGUCCAUCUGCCCUUCCACAGGCGCGUCCAGACGACCCAUGACACCAUCCAGUGCAUGAAGAGUAUCUGGAAAGUAUGCCGCGACAGCGGGGCUGUGGUCGUGCUGUCGCCGGAGCACUCCCUCUCGCUCCAGCUCAAGAUCCAUGAGACCCGCUUUGCUCAGGACCACGAGCUCAGCAGCAGUCUCAAGAAACUGGUUGGUAACAUCAACAAGAACUGCAUCGAUCUGUUCGACGAAAGCGAUGCGCUGCUGCACCACAAGUACCAGCUUGUGUACGCCAUGGGCAGUCCUUCGUCGCUCGAGAGCGUCACGAUUCGGGAGAUGGUCAUCGAGGCCGUCCUCCGGGCGAUCAACGAUAACCCCCACAUCCUGACCCGGAGCGACAACAUGGCUGUCGAGUCCGUUUACGAACGCCCGCAUCUGCAGCACGCCGUCGGCUACUUCCGCGCCUUCCGGCUGCUGCCCAUGUCGCCCAAGAGCGAGAUCCGCGCCACCUUCCGAAGAGAAGUCGUCGAGGCGCUGUUCGCCGAUCCGCCGUACGAACUGGAAUGGGUCAGGUCGCUCGACGACGCGGAGACGAUCCAGCGGCUUGUGUUGAUGCUGCGAGGCCUGUUGGCUCACGGCGUCCUCGAACACUGCCUGGAGCUCCGAUACCGGGUCGACUACGGUCUGACUCCGCUGUCGAUGAGCCGGAUGGCUAUUCCGUUCAAGGCAGCGGAUGUGCCCUCAGAACGAUCCGAGUUCAGUCACCCAGAUGUGUGUCUGACACUGACCGCCCUGUCGUACUAUCAGAACGGGCUGACGCAGCAACAGCUCGUCGAGGCCUUUUCGAUGCUUCUGAAACUCGGUCCGUCGGCACAGACCUAUCGAUACAACAGGAUGCUGAAACCUAUCAAGGAGCACCUGGCCACCUGUGACUACGACCUGCGGCGGAGCAUCGACAACGUCUCCAAGCUGGAUCUGUCCAACUCAAUCCAGCGGCAGCUGCUCUACCAAUGCUUUUCUCACUCGAUGGAGCUCAUCGAUUUCUGGAUGAAUCCAUGCAUCAUUGAGGCAGAUAUGACUCAGUAUUCGAAGCGGCUGCUGGGAACCCCGUGGCAUCUCUGCGGAUCGAGUCCUGCGAUCGGGUUUUCCGGUACCAACGAUACCUCGUUGCUGCUUCCUUUGAGCGUGCGCCAGAACGAGCCUGAGGUCGACGAGCUCCUCGCUACAAACGGCAAGAUGAUUCAGCUCAUCAUGGACCGAACCAUUGGCCUGGAGCUGGUGCGCUCGCCCGAAGGCGAACCCUUGUGGAGGACGCUGCUCGAUCGGGUCGCCGAACGUAAGCUCAGGGCGAUCAUCGACACAGGCUCGCUCCUCUCGGGUGUCUCGAACCUGGAGGCCGCCAAGCACCUGGCCACCAUCUUGGAUCCCACCGAGUUCAUGGGCGUCAUUUUCUUCGAGGUCAAUAGCGGAACCGAUGGCGAGUGGAAGAUGCUCGACAUCCACACAAAGUCCGUGGUCCCAAAGGAGUCGAGCCCGAUUUCCGACAGCGAGGCGUUUGUCAUUUUUGAUGACGCUCGAACGAGAGGAGCCGACAUGAAGCUGGCUGCCGACGCCGUCGCUGCGCUGACACUGGGCCUCAAGCUCACCAAGGACAAGCUUGUUCAGGGUGCCGGGCGGCUCCGUCAGCUCGACAAGAACCAGCGGCUCUGGAUCUACGGAUCCCAUGAAGUCGCGGUCAUGGCCGGAAUCGAGGACGCCGUGGGAGACUGCCGCACGCAAGCUGCUCGGAUUCUGCGAUGGGUGGUGUCGAACACUAUGCAAGUAACCGCCGACGGCCUGAUGCACUGGGCCCGCCAAGGCAUCUACCACCACACAACUGCCGACGAUCCCGACAAGGCGCUUCUGGACGAUGUCUGGGAUCUUGAGCAUAUGUACUCCCUCCCGGAAGGCCAGGCGAGUCUGCCGGAUGUCGUCGACGAUCACAGUCGGUUGCUGGUUGAAGGCAGCACAGCGACCCUUUCUGAAAGGCAUCGAGGGUCGCUAGACAACAUCAGCCGUCAUUGCCGAGACUACGGUGAGACUAUCCAGGUCUCUGUUCAAGAAAAGGAAGAGGAAUGCGAAAGAGAGAUCCAACAAGAGGAGGAUCAGAUGGCCGAGAUUCAUGCGCAGACGGUGUCGGUAACGCCCUCUUCCGAGCCCUUGUGGCGAUACGAGGAUAUCUUGGCCUGCACAAAUGCCAACGACCUUGCAAGGAUCGACAGGCUUGCGCUAUAUGACAUGGAGACUGCCUUCAACACACUCCUGGCCCCGUCGACUCGCCUCCGCCGUCUGGCAUGGGCAUACCAUGGCCUUGCGAGCAUGGUCAAGUUUAGCGAAAACUUUGUCCGGACCAUACAGCAAUCCUUCAAGUCGGGAUGCUGGGACGAUGAGAAUGCGAACAUCCCAAUCUCCCUUAGUCGGAUGGUAUCGGCGAUGGUGGUCUUGGCCGACGGUACAAGAGUUGUCGUCUCAGACCGUGAGGCAGAUGGCGUAUUGGCAGCGCUCACAGCCAACUCCAACGCCAACGCUGAAGGCCCGUGGUCGUCGGUGGCCCUGACGACCGUGCAGCAGAACCUCGCCGAGACGCAUUGGUGGUUCCCAGGUCACUGCUCAGCGGAACUGAAGCUGCCGAUCGACAGCCAGCUUCUCGCCAUCCUACGGCUCUAUAACGGCGAAUGCAACUUCCCCACUCCCGAGCAGCUCCAAGGCAUCGAGCAACUUAUCGGAUGCCAGGGACACAUGGUUGAGGAAGCGAUCCGCCAGAUCAUGCUGGCAAGGGGAACGACAAACCACUGGGACUGCUCCGAUUUGCAUCGCAUGUUCAUCGUUUGA